UAUAUAUGAAAUAUAACACUAACAGUUUCAUUCGAAGAAGGCAAGAACUGUAUGAAAUAACUUAUAUCCAAGGUUAUUAAUAAAAAUGCAACCAGCACAAAAAUAAGUGACAGCGAAAGGAAUAGUUUCUGGCAAAGACCAUUUCAAAUUCAAGUGUACCAACUGCUGAAAGUGAGUCGUAGUCGUACUGGACACAAGAGUUUAGUUGCAUUGUUUCAAGAGAUCUCCAACAAGAAAUAAGUGCAUGGGUGCAUGAGCACAGCUAUGGUUACCAGAUUUCUUUCUAAAGUUUGGGAAUGCCCAUAUAUUGGAAGAACACCUAACAAUUCCAUUCUGAGGCCAUAUUCUCAUACGCGUGUACUCUCAAGAACAUUUGAUAUUGCCUCAGAGCCAAUUGGAAUCCUUCAUGACUGGUUCACAUCUGAAAUUCCUAAACAGACCAGAGUGGUCAUAUGUGGUGGUGGUGUUGUUGGUUGUUCCGUAGCAUAUCAUUUAGCAGUUCAUCAUAACUGGAAAGAUGUUGUUCUGUUGGAACAAGGACGUCUUGGAGGAGGAACAACAUGGCAUGGUGCAGGUCUUCUUGGGCAGAUCAAACCAACAACUAUUGAAACAAAGAUGUGUCAGUACAGUAUUGGACUUUAUAAGGACCUUGAGAACAGAGGACUGAGUACUGGAUGGAAAGGAUGCGGAAGUCUUCUCCUUGCCAGAACCAAAGAUAGAAUGAUAUCAUUUAAAAGACUUGCUGCUUCUGCUGAAGCCAUGAACAUAGAGUGUGAACUUCUUACUCCACAGGGAGCAGCAAAGAUUUCUCCAAUCAUCAGCACAGAAGAUUUAGAGGGAGGACUGUGGAUACCAGGAGAUGGGGUAGGAGAUCCUUACAAAUGUUGCUUAACUCUAGCUACUGAGGCCAAAAACCUAGGUGUAAAAGUCAUUGAAGGAUGCUCUGUACAGAGGGUGUUAACUGAUGAUCACCACCAGUUGAAAGGAGUAGAAACAAACUUGGGGGUGAUAUCCUGUGAUUAUUUUGUCAAUAGUGGAGGCUGGUGGGCCAGACAUAUUGGCAGGCUGAGUCAACCAAAAGUUAAAGUUCCACUGUAUCCAUGUGAACAUCACUUUCUGCACACUUUACCUGUGAAGGAUAUUGAUCCACAAAUGCCAGUGAUUAGAGAUUAUGAUGGCCACUUCUAUAUCCGUGAAAAUCAAGGAAGAUAUUUAGCAGGAGGAUUUGAACCUAUUUCAAAGCCUUUGGACCUGAAGGAAUUACCUGGGUCCUUUAAACCUUUACCAGAAGAUUGGGAUCAGUUUUAUGUUUUAUUAGAACAAAUGCUAUUUCGCAUCCCUUCUUUGGCAGAAGUUGAAGUUGACAGACUAUGUAAUGGACCAGAAAGCUUCACUCCAGAUUGUAAAUGGAUCAUGGGAGAAGCACCUGAGGUAAAGAAUUACUUUGUUGCUAGUGGAAUGAAGUCAAUAGGUAUUGAAGCAGCAGGUGGAAUUGGAAAGUUGACUUCUGACUGGAUUGUUUCUGGUGAACCCGCAACAGACAUAUGGGAUUUGGACAUUCGCAGGUUUAUUGGUUUGCACAACAAUUUGAUGUUCCUGAAAGCCAGAAUGAGAGAGGUGCCUGGUAUGCAUUACAGGCUGAAGUAUCCUUUCACAGAGUUUGAAACAGGUCGCUGUCUUAGAAUGUCUCCAAUCUACCCAAGGUUGAAAAUUGCAGGAGCCUUUUUCAGUCAAAACAUGGGUUAUGAAAAACCGGCUUACUUUGAUCCAGACACAGGAGCUUCUGCUGAUACACUGGAAUGUGAUCGCAUUGCACAUACACAUACCUUUCACAAACCACCUUGGUUCAAUAAUGUUUGGUCAGAAUACAUGGCCUGCCGAGAACGAGUAGGGCUAUUGGACUAUUCAUCAUUUACCAAACUUGAACUGUGGUCUCCAGGCUGUGAAGUUGUCAAUUUACUCCAAUAUCUGUGUUCAAAUGAUGUUGACAUUCCUAUUGGGUGCAUCACACAUACAGGAAUGCAGAACAAGUGGGGUGGUUAUGAAAAUGAUUGUAGUUUGGUACGAUUAGGAGAAAACUUCUACAUGCUUAUUGGACCAACUGACCAACAGAUGCGUUGUCAGACUUGGAUUAAACGCCAUCUACCCAUGGACAGUCCUGUUGUAGUUGCUGAUGUUACUUCUAUGUACACAGCUAUCUGUGUAAUGGGCCCAAGAGCAAGAGAUUUAAUGACUGAGCUGACUGACUCAUCCAUGACUUCCAGAGAUUUUCCUUUUUUUACAUGCAAGAUAAUGGAUAUAGGAUUAGCCAGUGGCAUUAAGGUUAUGAACCUUACCCAUACAGGUGAGCUAGGAUGGGUACUUUACAUUCCUAAUGAGUAUGCCCUCCAUGUUUAUGAUCUUCUGGUGGAUGUUGGAGCCAAGUACGAAAUCAAACAUGUUGGUUACUAUGCCAUGAGAACCUUACGAAUAGAAAAGUUUUAUGCGUUCUGGGGAAAAGACAUGGACACCACUACGACCCCUCUAGAAUGUGGUCGAGGUUUUAGGGUAAAAUUUGAUAAAGGAGAUUUUAUUGGAAAAGAUGCACUACUGAAACAGAAAAAGGAUGGUGUCAAGCGACGUUACAUUCAGCUAGUUUUAGAAGACCAUGAUCUUCAUAAUGAUGUUUGGCCAUGGGGUGGAGAACCCAUUUAUUUGGGCAACAAAUGCAUUGGCUUAACAACAACAACUGGCUAUGGCUUUACUAUGGGCAAACAGGUGUGUCUGGGUUUUAUCCAGAAUCUUGACAGCAGUGGAAAUCCUCAAAUUGUCACCAAUGACUAUAUUUUGAAAAAUACUUUCCAUAUUGUGAUAGGUGGAAAAUUCUUUCCUGCAAAAGCCAACAUUCACUCUCCUACUCUGUCCUUUAUUGAAUAUGGAUAUGAUUCUGCUUAUAUGGCAACAAGGUAAUACCUUAUCCAGAGUCCAAGUAAAACGUAAAAUACUGUUUUAGUAAAGCUUAAAAGCCAAGCUUUGGCAUAUGACUCACUUAUGAUAUAUUUAUUGAUAAUGAUAAGUGUUUGGGCAACCUUUUUUAGAGUGAUCUUCAUAUGCAUGUAUUUUUGCUGCUGUUGUUUAACUUUCUUAUUUUUAUGUAUCAUGUACUCAUCAUUUUCAACUGCUAACUAGUAAUAAUUCUGGUUCUGUUGCAAUCUGAUAUGAGACCUAAUAGAAUAUUGAUAGCAUUUUUGUAAAUGGUAUUUAAGUAUUGUAAAUAAAGUCAGUUACUUGA